AUGGCCGAUAAGAGCAAAAAUACUCUCUACGUCUCUGGUGGAUAUACCGAAAGUCCCAAAUCAUCGUCAUCUAAAGUCUACAAACUUGAAUUCGAAAAUAAUAAACCGAUUGGAAAUUGGCUUGAAGCUGGCAGCAUGAAACUCGCUCGAGACUCUCACGCCAUGGUUGCAUGGAAUGAUGGCCUGGUCAUUUUCGGAAAAUACGAAACCAACAGCGAUAGAUGGGAGUACUUCAACGAGGAUGCUUCUCGAUCGGAAUUCUUAGAUAUUCCGCCCGUCGCGAGACUACACUUUUCAUAUGUUCUUGCUUCUCCUACAUUUAUUAUUUAA